UGGGGGUGGAGGCGUCCAAAAAGGGGCAGGUCCUUUCGGUGACAUCAUAGUGGACGACCUGUGCUGUCAGCGGGAAGCCCCUCCCAUCACAGGAACGCAAAGAAUUUGAAAUCGGAAGAAUGAGCUCUGGACGAGGAGUAAGAAGCCAGUGAAAGGUGUUGGAUCCCGAGCGGACACGCGGCGGGAGAGCCUUUGGUCCUGGCCGGAAACAGGCGUCCCAGAGGGACUCGGGCCCGGAGAGCCAUGCCCCCCAACAAAGAAGCCAAUGGCUUCGCCAGCCCCCUGGCCGGACUCAUCUGCCUCCCGCCGAUCUCGGAGGAGCUGCAGCUGGUGUGGACCCAGGCGGCCCAGACCAGCGAGCUGGACGGCAACGAGCACCUGCUCCGCACGUUCAGCUUCUUCCCCUACCCGAGCCUGGCCGACAUCGCCCUGCUCUGCCUGCGCUACGGGCUGCAGAUGGAGAAGGUCAAGACGUGGUUCAUGGCCCAGCGGCUCCGCUGCGGGAUCAGCUGGUCGUCCGAGGAGAUCGAGGAGACGCGGGCCCGGGUCGUCUACCGCCGGGACCAGCUCCACUUCAAGUCGCUCCUCUCGUUCACCCCCCACACUUGGCGGUCCCCCGGGGGCGACGCCCCGGCCCCCGGGCCCCCCGAGGAGCCUCCCGGAUCCCGGGCCGGGCCCCCGCCCGCCCCCCUCGCCCCCCGGGAGCUCCCUCGGGUGAAGAGGCCGAAGAUGGACGCGGAGGAUCCCCGCGGGACCUCGGCCCCGAGCCACCAGAAGGCCAAGGAGCACCCAGGGGCCCCCGAAAGCGGGGCCUCGCACUCCCCUCUCCAGCCUGACCUCUGGCAGGAGCGACCCGGGGACCUCUCCGAGGAACUGAAGGGCGGAGGGUCCGACUGCCAGGAGCACGACCCCGGCGCUGCCGCCUGGGCCCACUCCGCGGCCUACGGCCUGCCCCAUCCGCCCGUCUCGCUGCCGGCCGGUGGAGGCAAGCGGGAGCCCCUGCCGCUCACCCCUCCGUCAUCUUCGUCCUCCUCCUCUUCGUCCUCCUCGUCCUCGUCCUCCUCGUCCUCCUCCUCCUCUUCUUCCUCUCAGGUAUCGACAGACGGAGCGACCUUCUGCAGACCCCCGGAGCCGCCGCCGUCCCCCCCGGAACAGGGGCUACCCCCUCACCUGGAGCCGGCGUGGCCCCAGGGGCCGCUGCCCCCGCCGAGGCCGGCCCGGCCCGGCCCCGCCGAGGACUUCUUCCCCUACUCCCAGCCCCAGCGCAAGGUGAGGCGGAAGACCAAAGAGCAGCUGGCCGUCCUCAAGUCCUUCUUCCUGCGAUGCCAGUGGGCGCGGCGCGAGGACUACUGCCAGCUGGAGGCGAUGACCGGCCUGCCGCGGGCCGAGAUCAUCCAGUGGUUCGGCGACACCCGCUACGCCCUGAAGCACGGGCAGCUCAAGUGGUUCCGGGACAACGCGGUACCCGGCCCGCCCCCCGGCCUCCUGGACCCCGGCCCGCCCCCGCCGGCCCACCCCGCGCCCGAGCGGGCCAGGACCCCGGACACGCGCCCCCUGGAACGGUACUGGGCGGCCCACCAGCAGCUGAGGGAGGAUGACCUCCCGCGCCUCAGCCAGGAAUCGGGGCUGCCUCCCCAGAGGGUGCUGGACUGGUUUUACUCCCGCUCGCCCGAGCCGGCGGAGGUCGUGGUCUGUCUGGAUGAAGAGGAGGAAGAAGAGGAGGAGCUGUCCCUGGGCCUUGAGGAGCUAGCGGCGGAGGAGGAGGAGGAGGAAGACGAGGAAGACGAGGAGGAAGAGGACGAUCUGAUCGUACAGGAUUGAGUGGCGGGGAGGAGGGCUGGAGGAUUUGUCAGUAGAAGGCCGGCAAACGGCGACUACAAAGACCCGCCAUUUUUCUACCACGUCGACAGAGGACCGAAGGGCCGUGAGUGCCGGGGAGCCUCGGGGAAGAGCGCGGGGGUCCCCCUUAAUCCCUCGCCGAUGAGUUCGGAUCGUCGCCAGCUCUCCUCGGAGCUACCUUGUGAACUUGGGACACGACUGCUCCCUCCCCUUUCCCUCAGCUCCUUUUUUUUUUUUUUUAAUUUCCCCCCACUUCAGAAAGGGGUCCCACCUCUCCCAAUAGUGGGCGGGAAUCACGGAAUCCCCCGAGUCUUCUCGACGGAGCACAGAGGACGGGGACGGCGGCUCGGGGCCCUGCCGGCCUCCAGGAUUUCCCACCGAGCUUGGGUCGGUCAAAGCCGUCUCGGCUUCCUCUUCCUCCGAGCGCGGACACAGGCGACGCUCACCACGUAGACUAGAACCCCCCACCCCCACCCAAAUCCUCUUCUCAGGGCAAAACUGACCGCGUCUACGUCCCUCCAGAAGACACCCUCUCUUAUUCUCCCCGCGAAGGUGAACCUCAGGCAUUCUCCCUGCACCCUGGUGUCUUACGAGCCCCAGGAAGGGACUCCCACCCCCGCGAACCUCAGGUCCCCUUUAUUGCCACAAGCUUUAAUUCAACCUUGCCUCUCCCACGGUUCUUUCUGCUGGGAUCCAGUGCUGGCUGCGCUGCCUACUUCAGUUACAGGGUUUUCUUCCCUGAGACCCCCCCCAAGGAUCUGCCGCAGCGGGGGGCUGGAGCCAUACCUGGGGAGGAGUGGGUAGAUAGGAGGAGGGGAAGAGGGUCUCCCAGUCGGGAGACACAUUUCAGGUUUGGUUUUACAAACCAGCCCUCACCCCCUAGCCCAGAGCCACACGCUGGUUCCCCGGGGCCGCCUUCUCACGUCAUUUCGGGAUCGGUUUUUAUGACUGGGUGGGGGUUGUGUGAGUGUGAGUGUGUGUGUGAGUGUGUGUGUGGGGGGGGGAGUGUCUUUAUUUUUUAAUUUAUAGUGAACGGGACAGGAGAAUGUAGUUACUCCCCUGCAGCGAUCCACGUUCGGGAAAGGUUUCCACCAGUUUCGGGCAGAUGGAAAGCAAGCUCACCUCAGUGGAGGGUUUUCCUAAUCUGACGGGGUGGGGGCAAGGCGUGAGGGAACCCCGAGAAUGAUGGAAAUAAUAAAAAGGCUUUCCUUUGAAAGCACCCAGGGAA